ACAUUUUUGGAACGUGGGUGGAUGCGAACGCCGCUCGGUGCAUUAACAACACGUCUUAAAACGUCUUAAAACGUCCUAAAACGAGCCAGGAAGCUGGAGUUGGUCUCCUCAGUCAGCUGCGCCUCCUCGGGAUGUUGACAUUAUCGAGCACAGCCUGUAGGGUCCAAACGGGACAGGCGCACUUUGCAAACCGGUCGCUCUCUGGACCCCAGCCUGCUGUGGAUUUGAAGCUCGGUGUGUGAGUGUCUGUCUGUGUGUGCGUGUGCGUGUGUGUGUGUGUGUGUGUGUGCGUGUGUGUGUGUGUGUGUGUGUGUUUGCGUUUGUGUUUGUGUGUGUGAGUGUGCGUGUGUGUUUGUGCGUGUCAUAGCCGGGGCAGCAAGCCAGCCCCUAAUUGCGAUUCGGACAACAAGCGUUGGAGAUAUCUUUCAAACGGAAUACUUUGAGGAACCCAAGAGAGAACCGGGACAGGGAACAUGAACCCGCCUUGUGCGCGCUGCGGGAAGGUGGUGUACCCCACGGAGAGAGUGAACUGUCUGGACAAGAACUGGCAUAAAGGGUGUUUCCACUGCGAGGUUUGCAAGAUGACCCUGAAUAUGAAGAAUUACAAAGGUUACGACAAGACGCCCUACUGCAACGCACACUAUCCUAAGACGUCGUUCACCACUGUUAAGGACACUCCAGAGAACAUGAGACUGAGGCAACAGAGCGAAUUACAGAGCCAGGUGAAGUAUAAGAAGGACUUUGAGGAGAGUAAGGGGCGUGGCUUCAGCAUGGUCUCUGACACUCCUGAGAUGCAGAGACUCAGACGAACUCAGGAGCACAUCAGUAAUGCCAAGUACCAUGAGGACUUUGAGCGUGCACGUGGCCGCGGAUCUACACCAGGAUUGGAUGAUCCCAGCACGGACAACUACCAACGGGCCAAUCAGAUGGUUGGAGAAGCGGCCUACAGCAAAGGGACACACCCACUGGGGGCGGAGACGGACAGGAGGCCUGGCGGCAUCAUCGUGGACCUAGCCGUGUGGAGGACAGAUCCAGGCUCCAUCUUUGACUUUGACCCUGUGGAAGACAACGUUCAAUCCAUGAGCCUCCGCAGAAUGUCUGAGCGGGCCAGCCAGAAACUGAGCAGACAGCCCUCUCAGCAGUCUUUGCAAAGUCAAACUCAGUCAUUCAGCUCUCUGACCUCUGACCUUUGGGAGCACAGCAGCAACUCCACACCUGCUCCUGUCCUUCCCGGAGCCUACAACCAGGGUGUUCCGCAGCAGGGUUACCAUGGCUACAUGCAUCAGACCAGCAUGUCCUCCGUCAGAUCCGUCACAUCUCCCCCGCACUCAGCUCCAAUGCGCGUGUACCGUGCGCUGUACGACUACGCGGCUCAGGACCACGACGAGGUGUCGUUCCGUGACGGCGACGUCAUCGUCAACGCCCAGCACAUCGACGAGGGCUGGAUGUACGGCACCGUGCAGCGCACUGGGAAGACUGGCAUGCUGCCCGCAAACUACGUGGAGUUGUACAACUAGUUACCACUAGGGGAGGGGUGGGGGCUACAAAUAGAGGGG